GGGGACAGGGACCCAGACAGAGGGAGAUAGAGACCCAGAGAGAGGAAGAGAUGGAAACUUUCCCAUCUGCAAACUCACCCCUACUACCCCAUCGGAGAAUGGAAGUUCCAUAGACUUCUUCUGGUAGGGGGUGGGGCAGGUAGGGUACUCAGGGAUGGGGGAAACCUGGAGAGGUCUGGGAAGUAACUCCAAUGGACACUCCCGUGGACAGGGCCCCUCCCCCAUCCCAAUAAACAACCGCAGCCACCUUCUACGUUGCCUUGGCCCAGGAUGGGGAGCAGUGAGGGGAACACCCUAAUCCGGGGACACCCUUCCUGCCACCUUGCCAUGCUAUAUUUAGGCUGAGGGAGGGGUAUGGGAUGACCCCUGCCCCCCCCCACCCACCAAAGCGGGUGUCAGUUUUCCUUCUGAAAAUAGCUCCAGGGGAGGGGUGAAGCAGUUAAGUCUGUCCCAGGGACUCUCAGCUCCUGUCUGAGUCUCCAUCUGUCUUAAGGUCUCUCUUUCUCUGGGCUUCUCUCCCCUUCCUCAGUGUGUCUGUCCCCUCUCUCGGUCUGUGCCUUCUCUCUCUCUGAGUGUGUGUCUCCCUCUUUCUCUAGGAGUCUGUCCCCUUUUCUUCUCCCCAUCUCCCUUCAUCUGUCACUAUUCACUUUCUUUCUCCAGGCAGGUCAUUCUGCUCCCAAACCAUAUCUUUGUCUGUCUCCAAGCCCUAGAAUACCUUGAAUUUCUCUUAUCUGAAACUCAGGACAAGACCCUCUCCCCAGUCCCCACCCAGGAAAUUCCAGCAGAGAGGACUUAUGUGGGAGAGACCCCCGCAUCUACCGUCUCCCCGGGCCUCGGGGCCUUAUCACUCCCCGAACCCAGCUGGUUAAUGUCUGGCCUGGAGCUCCUGGGAGAAAUGGAGAUGAGAGCAGAGGGUGGGAAUCUGCCCGGGGAUUGACACUAAACUGGCAAGAGAACGCAAAGGAAUCUCAGGCCCAGACUCCUGGGUCUGCGGAGGAGGGGGUUUGGGGUCUGGACUCCUGGGUCUGAAGGAGAAGGGGACGUGGGGUCUGGACUCUUGGGUUUGAGGGAGGAGGGGACUUGGGGGUCUGGACUUCUGGGUCUGCGGGAGGAGGGGGCUGGAGCUGAGGAAGAAGGGGGGGGGGUCCUAAGGAGGAGGAAGCUGGGGGCCCAGACUCCCGGCGUCUGCGGGAGGAGGGGCUGGGGGUCUGGACUCCCGUGUCCGCGGGGAGGAGGGGGCUGCGGACCCGGACUCCCGAGUUUGAAGGGAGGGAGGUGGAGGCUGGCGCCUGGCCUCCUGGGACUGAGGCGGGCUGAGGGCUGAGCGAGCCAGGCCGGGCUUCCGAGGUCUCGGCACGCGUGUGGAAGGCGGGAUCCCCCGGCCCCUCCUCCGCCGUCGGGCGCCGCCCCGCCCCCGCCCCCGACCCGCGCCCUCCGGAGCGUGUGCAGCGAGGAGCCGGCGGGCGAACAGGCGUCCCUACAGCCAGCGAGCAGGAGGAGGAGCCGCCGCCGCGCCGGAGACUGCCGGAGGAGCCGAGGAGGGCGCCCCAGGUGGUUGCCCCCUCCCUCUCCUGAGAUGUCAGGAAGGAGGGGGUCACCUGUGUCCCCAGCAGGGGCCCCCCGGAGCCUGGGGGCCCCCAGCCCUGGAGCUCGGAGGUGGAGGAGGUGCUGACAGGUGCUCAGCGAGAUGCUCCCGCACCCCUCAGGCUCCCUCCCCAUCCUCCUGCUUUUCCUCCUCCCCAGUGUCCCGAUGGAGCCCCACCCCCCACCCUCACCCCUGCCCCCAUUUCCAGCCCCUGAGUGGGACCUCUUGUCCCCCCGGGUGGCCCUGUCCAGGGGUACCCCCACGGGGCCCCCUCUGCUCUUUCUGCUGGAGUCUGGGGCCUUUGGGGAGCCAGCCGGCAGGCCAGCUAACCGCAGUCGGCGAGGGGUGAGCGAGACAGCACCAGCCAGUCGCCGUGGAGAGCUGGCCGUGUGUGAUGCAGUCAGCGGCUGGGUGACAGACCGCCGGACUGCUGUGGACCUGCGUGGGCGCGAGGUGGAGGUGCUGGGCGAGGUGCCUGCAGCUGGUGGCAGUCCCCUGCGCCAGUACUUCUUUGAAACCCGCUGCAAGGCUGCCAGUGCUGGGGAAGGUGGCCCUGGUGGGGGUGGAGGAGGCUGCCGGGGUGUGGACCGGAGGCACUGGGUGUCUGAGUGUAAGGCCAAGCAGUCCUAUGUGCGGGCAUUGACCACUGAUGCCCAGGGCCGUGUGGGCUGGCGAUGGAUUCGAAUUGACACUGCCUGUGUCUGCACGCUCCUCAGCCGGACUGGCCGGGCCUGAGACCCAGGCCCAGGAACUGAGCAGGUAGAGGAAGAAGGAACUGGAUGCUGGAAGACCUCAAGAGUAGCCUGGCUGCUCUAGGCCUCAGUCUGGGAACUUGUAAAAUGGUCGCACAAAAUCACAGUGCUCUGGUUUUGAGAGCUCAUUCUGGGAAAGACAGAUGAUGAAACCAAAUGGGGUUUUGAAGGAUGAAUAGGAGUUCUCCUGGAUGAACUUGAGGGUAAAAAUGAUGAUGAUGAUGAUGAUGAUAGCCAAUAUUUUCUGAGUGCCUACUGUUUAUGAACGCUAAUACAACUUGUCAGAUCAACUCUGGUGGAUUUGACCAUUGGAGUUCCUCAGCUUCUAAGCUGCUGACCAUGUGAUCUCAAAGGACAUCACCUUGCUCAUCCUGAAGAGAGUGACAAGGAGGGGAUACUUGGGGGGGAUUAUAAAACUGUGGGGGGGGAUUAUAAAAACUGGAACACGUAGGCAAGUAGUUGGGAGCUGGGGUUCAAAUAAGAAACCUUAUUUGGUCAGAUGGGGCAAAUGCUUAGAAUGCUCUGUUUUGAGGUAGUGAGCUACCUACGACAGGAGUACAAACAAGGUUGAAUGACCAGAGGUCAAGAUGGUUAAGAUUUUGGCCUUGGUGGGGAGUUGGAGUCAGGUUUCCAUCCCCUUCCCUGUCCCAGGCUUUGCAAUAUACUCAGAAAGAAAUAGACCUUAUCAUUGUCCAGCUUGAGUAGGACAUGAGGUUUUAACCAAUUGGCCUGCCCUUGGCUGAGAUCAAGGGAGAGUUGGACACUGAUCAGUCUAGAAUGAGCCAGGAUAAUCCAAUAGGAUAAGUGGCCCCAGAAGCCUGAAUGAGGGGGGGGUCUGUGGAAUCCUGGGGCAGCUGCAGAAGGCAGCCUCAGUUUUCCCUGUCUGAAGAAUGGGUUGGUGGGAAAAGAAUGGGGACUGAGGAGGCAGAGGCUUUGAUCAAAAGGGUUUUAAAGUGAGGAACUGACAAGAGAACUCAGAGGUAGACCCCACACCCUCAGAACACCCAUUCAUAUGUUACCACUCCGUAGGCACACAUAUGUGCACACUCGCACACAUGCACACACACAUUUUUGCCUUUGUUUCUACAUCUUGUGUUCUAGGUCUGUGGUUCCUGCUCUCUUCUGCCACCUCCUUUGCUGUUGCUGUCUAAAUUCUUGUCCCAUAAUCUCUGGGUCACUAGCUCUCUUUCUGUCCCUGCUUCUCACUCGCUGUUUCUCACUCAUUCUUGUAUGUAUUUUUCUCAUUCAUCAAAACUCUUUCCACAUCCCCCUCUUUAUUGCUAAGUAUUUCCCUCUGGGUCCCUUCCUCUUCUCCCACCCCCAUACCCAGGUGGAAGUUUUCAACCAAAUCAAAGGCAGGCAGGACAGACGAAGCCGAAGCUGAUGCUGACUCCUUCAGCACACACAGGGAGGGAGGGCGAGCCCCGGGGAAGUCUGGAAAUCGUUACCCACCCCCUCACCCCCAUCCCCCCUCUGCCGUUAGAGGUGGGCUGUCCUGGCAGAAGGAGGAGGUAGCUAAGAAGGCUGGGACCUUAUGGGGAAGCGGGGGGGGGGGGGGUGUUUUUCGUGGAUUCCCUGAUGUGCUGGGUGACUCUGUCCUCCUUCCACUCUGUCUCUCUAUUUCUGGGUCUCUGACACGCCCCCAGGUCCCAGCCCCUCGCUCUCUGCAGCCGGGUCUCUGGAUCUCAGACUCUAAACUCUGAAUUUCUAUUCCCCUCCCUCCCCCCGCCUCUUACCCUCCUCUCCCUCUGGGUCUCCCCCCACCA